CUCCACCACCUCCAUCCAGCCCACAGUUCCCACUCCACCACUUUGAACGAACGGCGAAGCAGCAAACAAUCGCCCAGCCAAAUCCCCCUCCCUCUCGGCGGGCGGCGCUCCGGUGGGCUCCCAACGCCGGCAGCCGCGCCGCCGCCGCGGCACACAUCCUCUCCCUCGCUCCCCACGCCCACCGAAUCGAAGCGGAAUAAAAACGCCAGCACCACGGGCCACGCAACCCCACUUGACGACAUUUUUAUCCGUUGGAGCCGCGCGGCGCUCGUGCUCCCUUCCUGGCUGCUGCUGCUGCUCGCCCUCCCCACUCCCCCCCGCGGCGCACGAGUCCGGACCAAGCCCUUAUAGCCCACCAUCCAUUCACCAGUCAGUCCACCACCCCGCACCAGAUCCGGAGAUCCCGCGGGCGGAAUCGUAUCGCGGCCGCAAUGGCGGGCGCCCACUGAUUCCGAUCCGGCUCGCCGCCGCCGCUGCUGCUGAUAAUCUCCCCCCCUACCCUACGCGGAUGGAUUCCGCCCGGAGCUGGCUCCAGAAGCGGCAGAAGGACAAGGCCAAGCCGGGGUCGUCCCCCGCGAUGGACGAGGCGGACGCCGUGCCGUCCAGCGCCACCAAGCAGAAGUCGGAGGCCGCCAAGCAGUACAUCGAGAACCACUACAAGGAGCAGAUGAAGUCGCUCCAGGAGCGCAGGGAGAGGCGCUGGAUGUUGGAGAGGAAGCUUGCUGAUGCUGAUGUAUCUGAAGAGGAGCAAAAGAAUAUCCUGAAGGAUUUAGAAAAGAAGGAGACAGAAUACAUGCGCCUUAGGAGGCACAAAAUGGGCGUUGAUGAUUUUGAAUUACUGACCCUUAUUGGGAGAGGUGCUUUUGGAGAGGUGAGACUUUGUAGAGAAAAGGCUACAUCUAAUGUAUAUGCAAUGAAAAAGCUUAAGAAGUCUGAAAUGUUACGAAGAGGCCAGGUUGAGCAUGUCAGAGCCGAGAGAAACCUCCUUGCAGAGGUUGACAGUGCCUAUAUAGUUAAGCUCUACUGCUCAUUUCAAGAUGACGAGUUUCUGUAUCUCGUUAUGGAGUACCUCCCUGGUGGUGACAUGAUGACUCUGCUCAUGCGGAAGGAUACACUGACAGAGGAUGUAUCUACAUUUUACGUUGCGGAGACAAUACUAGCAAUUGAAUCCAUUCACAAGCAUAAUUAUAUUCAUAGGGAUAUCAAGCCUGACAAUUUAUUGUUAGAUCGAACUGGGCACCUGAAGCUUUCAGAUUUUGGCCUAUGCAAACCUCUAGAUAGUAGUAGCUUUCCCAAUUUUACUGAACUUGACAAUGUGGUAGGAAACAACACCAAUCCAUCAGCAGAUGGUGAUAAGCAAUUAAGUAAUACUGCUGCUCCUAGGCGGACACAGCAGGAACAACUAUUGCAUUGGCAGAAAAAUCGCCGGAUGUUGGCUUACUCAACUGUCGGUACACCUGAUUACAUUGCUCCGGAGGUCCUAUUAAAGAAAGGAUAUGGAAUGGAAUGUGACUGGUGGUCACUUGGGGCCAUUAUGUAUGAGAUGCUUGUGGGUUACCCACCAUUUUAUUCUGAAGAUCCAAUGUCAACAUGUAAGAAGAUAGUGAACUGGAGAAGCCAUCUGAAAUUCCCCGAAGAGGCCAGACUUUCGCCAGAAGCGAAAGAUCUCAUUAGUAAGCUGUUAUGUAACGUGGAUCAGAGGCUUGGGAUGAAAGGAGCACAUGAGAUAAAGGCACACCCAUGGUUUAGAAGUGUUCAAUGGGACAAGCUAUAUCAGAUGGAAGCAGCUUUCAUACCUGAAGUUACUAAUGAGCUGGACACACAAAACUUUGAGAAAUUUGAGGAGAUUGCGCCUUCCAUGCAAACUUCAUCAAAGGCAGGUCCUUGGAGAAAGAUGCUUUCCUCCAAGGACAUGAAUUUUGUCGGUUAUACUUACAAGAACUUUGAAAUAGCGAAUGAUCCUGAACUUCCAGGAAUAGCUGAAUUAAAGAAAAAGAAUAACAAGCCAAAACGACCAACCAUCAAAUCGUUAUUUGAGCGUGCUGAAAGCGAUGACCAGCCCGAAGGCGGCUUCUUGGUCCCAUUGGCACCGCAAUUGGAGUUACCUGAGAGCCUCGAGCCCUCACCUCAUUCUAGUAUCUCCUCCGACGAUUCGCAAGUGAGACAUAGCUAGAUAGCAGGUGUAUACUUUUCACAUACAUUAUGGAUGGUGGUUGGCUCAACUGUAUAUUCUGAAAGGAAAAUCUUAAGAGUAUCUAGAAGUUUAUAGAAUUUUCUGGAAUAACUGUCUGAGUUUCUCUAGUAGCUAUACCAGUGCAUACAUUCUGUACAUUGUUGCCUCUGUUUUUGCAUUUAUUUUACCACCGAUGAAUCUACGAUCUGAGCUGGUUGAUUGA